GACGCAGCUGCAGCACAGUUACAGUCCUCCUCCUCUGUGCACCCUCCGUCUGCCUCCUCUCCUCUGUGCCGAUCUGAAGAGCGCCAGACAACUUUCAAAUUCACCUGCUUAUCUUUUGCUCACCUCAUUCGUGUUACCUAUUGCCUAAUUUACAGGCAUGACGGCAAAAGGUUGGCAAUGGAAAAGGCGACCUGCAGCCUACCAUCAUGAAGACCCAGACAUCAACCCCUGGCACCAGCACAGGCUGUGCUGACAUCUUACAUCUUGUCCCUCCUGCUCUCCUCUCUACAAUGGAGUUCACUUACCAGGACUCCACUUCAUCGUCACCAUUCUACAACACUAGCGUGCCAGUAAAUGCAUCAGGGAAUAACACGUACAACCAACUCAGUGAGGUCAACCUUUUUGAAAUCCUCGGCCCAAAACGGUCUCCCUUUUUCUUCCCUGUGACCACGGUGUACCUUCUCAUUUUUCUCACUGGCUUGUCGGGAAAUCUGCUCACGUGUGCCGUGAUAGCCAAGCACAAGAAGAUGCGAAACCCCACUAACUUUUAUCUGGUGAGCCUGGCGGUGUCUGACCUCCUCGUGCUCAUGUUCGGGAUGCCCUUAGAGAUUUAUGACCUGUGGCAGAACUACCCAUUCCCCUUCGGCGUGGGCGGCUGCUACUUCAAGACAUUUCUCUUUGAGACGGUCUGCUUUGCCUCCAUUCUCAACGUCACAGCGCUAAGCAUGGAAAGGUAUAUUGCCGUGGUGCAUCCCCUUAAAACGCGGUACCUGUCCACCAACCAGCACGCCAAGCGGGCCAUUACAGUUGUGUGGGUCUUGUCGAUGAUCUGUGCAAUCCCCAACACCUCGUUGCACGGCAUCUUCUACUUACCGGAGAGGAUGGAGGAAUCGGCCAUUUGUACUGUGCUGAAGCCUCUAUGGAUCUAUAACUUGGUCAUGCAGGUCACCACCGUCUGCUUCUAUUUUGUACCCAUGACGAUCAUUAGCAUGCUCUACUUAGUGAUGGGCAUUCAUUUGAGCAGGGAAAGGCAAAACGGCAGAAGGAACCUGGGAAAGAGCUUUUGCAGCAGCACAAGGAGGAAGAUGAACAUGGAGAGUGGCCGUAGACGACAAGUCAUCAAGAUGCUUUCGAUCGUGGUGGCGGUCUUUGGGGUCUGCUGGGCGCCCUUCCAUAUCGAGCGACUCUUGUGGAGCUCAGUCAGCCAGUGGACUGACUUGAUGCAUAACGUUUAUCAGUACGUCCACCUCCUAUCAGGCAUCUUCUUCUACCUCAGCUCCGCGGUCAACCCUAUAAUCUACAGCCUGCUCUCCACGAGGUUCAGGGAGUGUUUCAGGGAGCUCGUCUGCUCCAACACGGAGGACAGCAACUCCGUCAGAGACUCCCCACCUUUGCCUAAGAUUUUACUGGACUCCUCCAUCUCAAGUUCCAAAACAGCAGUGAGGGGUAAGAAUUCCACUUCAUUCAUCCCUUUGCUGUCAUCUAAUGUUACACUGAGCAUGGACGCUUGCAGCUCAUGCAAAUGUAAAGACAGAACUUGUAGGACCUCUGUGUUUUAG